AUGGGAAACCCAUCAGAGCUAAAAUUUCGAGUAUCCCUAAACAAGCGCCUAAUCGUCUGCUGCGACGGAACAUGGGAAGACGGCACCUCAGACGAAAUCGACAAUCCGUUAAGCAACAUAACCCGCAUAGCCCGGUCAAUAAGACAGCAUGCCGAAAUCAUAGAUGCGAACGGUGACAAAAUCCUCAUCCCGCAAAUCACAUAUUACCAAAAAGGUGUCGGAACCGGCGUUUUGGAUCAGUAUCUCGGCGGCCUCACGGGAGUUGGUCUAAGCGCCAAUGUACGUGCAGCAUACGCCUUUCUAGCUGAAAACUACGAACCAGGCGAUGAACUCUUCUUCUUUGGCUUUUCGCGCGGUGCCUAUACAGCACGCGCUGUGGCAGGUUUGGUAGCUGAUAUGGGAUUACUCACUCCGCGUGGCAUGGAUAAUUUCCCUAUAAUAUAUCAUGAUUACUACAAAAAGAAACGUCUAAGCUACGACGACGACGAAGAUAUGCGUCGCAAACUCGGGUUUCGCGAUAAAUUACCGCGAUUCACAAUCCGUGUCAUCGGCGUGUUUGACACUGUGGGAUUUCACGAUUUUAGGUUCACAUCUAAGAUUUUUGGAGAGAAGUUUGAGUUGCCGAAUACGAUCUUGUCGCCAGAUGUAAGGUAUGCGUUUCACGCGUUGGCACUCGACGAACGCAGAAAAGCGUUUGAGCCUACAUUAUGGCAUACGCCACAAAGAGUUCCGGAUCAGGAAUUACUGCAGGUUUGGUUCUCGGGGGCGCACGCGGAUGUUGGCGGUGGCGCGGAGGAUCCGAGAUUAUCUGAUAUUGCGCUUGCGUGGAUGAUUGCGCAUGCCAGUAAGGAUAAGCAGUUGGAUUUUGACCUUACGUAUCUGUUUCAUGACCCGGCAGCGGAAGUAUCGUCGGAACAAUUGCGAGAAUCUGCCCUCAGGCCCUGGACAACCAGCCUCGGGCAGGAGGAUCAUUGGAAAUUUACGCAGUAUGUGGAAGCUCUUGUAUUUGGCAAGGGGAAUCGUACACCGCUGCUGUAUGUGGAUGGGAAUGAUCAGGUUGGGUAUACGAAUGAGUGGAUUCAUGAAUCGGUCAAGGAUAGGAGGUUGAAUAAGUUUAGUGAAAAGGGGCCGGCGCUGGAUGCCAAGGUCUGGCCUAGUAAGGUGAUUGCUCGACGGAUUGGUGGGGAGCAUGGUGAGAGGGAGUGGAUGUUGAAGGAUGGGCAAAUAAUUAGGGAAGUUGGGGCCACACCGACGGAGUUGUUUCUCAAGGGGAGGAUUAGGAAAGUUAGGGCCAUUCAGGUUGAUCCGGCUUAG